CACUCACAAUCACAACGGUAACAGCAACACCACAAUGGCCAACCCUAACUCCAACCCUUUCACUGUUUUCCUCAUGACAUUUAUCUUUUCUCUUUCGCUAUUCACCAGUGUCAAAUCAGACUCAUUCGCUUUCAACUUACCCAGUUUCGAGGCAGAUGCUGAAAACAUACUACUCCUUGCUGAUGCCACAACAACAAAUGGAGUGCUACGACUGACCAAAACGAACCGAAACGGCAUCCCAGUUAAACAUAGCAAUGGCCUCGCAGUAUUCGAAGGAGUGGUUCAUCUCUCCGACAGAAAAACUGGGAGAGUCGCAAACUUCCACACCGAGUUCUCCUUUGUGGUGAACACAGAGGGUGCAUCACUCCACGGCGAUGGCUUCGCCUUCUUCAUCGCAUCAAAUGAAUUUGAGAUCUCAACCGACUCCAGUGGAGGGUUCCUCGGACUUUACAACCAAAAAACAGCCUUUAACCCCUCCAAAAACCAAAUCGUUGCUGUUGAGUUUGAUAGCUUCGCAAAUGAAUGGGACCCUAACUACCCAAAGUCUGAUUCUCCUCAUAUAGGGAUUGACAUAAACUCUAUUAGGUCAGUGGUAACUGCGCCAUGGUCAAUUGAUGUUCAACCAAAUGGAAUAAUAGGAAAGGCACGCAUAAGCUAUCAAUCUUCCUCCAAAAUAUUGAGCGUUUCCGUGUCUUAUCCAAAUAGCCCUGUGGACUCGAAUGUCACUGUUUUGUCGUACCCCGUUAACUUAGGGGCUGUUCUGCCUGAACGGGUCAUUGUUGGUUUCGCCGGUGCCACCGGUGACUUGGUUGAAACACAUGACAUUCUUUCCUGGUCUUUCAGUUCCUUCUUGUAGAGCAGCACAGUGGAAGAAGAUCGAGAUGGGAAUAAACUAAUAAAGUGCUGCUUUAGAGAAUGAUCGAUGGUCUUUUAUGGUUUAAUUUGAUUGAUGUUGUUAGUUGUUACUGUUGUGAUGUUUCUUUUUCCGGUUACCCAAUAAUUUAAUAUUAAGAUUAACAUUUUCUAAAAUGGUUCAAUU